AUGAAGAGCCUUAGGGCCCUUUACAAAAAUUAAAAAAAAAAAUUAAAAUUCAAUAUUCUUACCCUCUCUCUCUCUCUCUCUCUCUUCCUUUCUCUCUCUGCGAAUCUCUUUUACUGAAAUGGCUGCUUCUUCUAGAAGGUCCGCCGUCGCCGUCGUUCCGGCCUCCCGCCGCUCCGCCGCUCCGAUCUGUAAUCCUUUUUCCGAUGCGUCGGCGCCUUUUACAACGACGUCGUCUUCUUCUUCCUUUGCGUCUUCUACCGCCUAUUAUUCCUCCUCACCGACUUUCCUAAACCAACGCCGUUCAACCUCUCCCACGCGCGUCAGCCUCCACGCGCUCUCACCGCCGCCUCCGACGCCGUCCGUGCGCUUCUCCAUCGACAGAUCUAUAUCCCCUCGCCGGUCGAUAGCCGCACCGCCGCGUCGGAGUCAUGUAAUUCAGAGGAGCGGCGCUCAGAAGAGGACGUGCCUCUGCUCUCCGACCACGCAUCCAGGUUCGUUUCGUUGCGCCUUGCAUAAGAACACCUUCGGCGGAAGCCAGCACUCCAUUUCCUACUCGCCGAACCGCCUGAACAUGCGGAGGUCGGCGAUGACUAAUUCUCUGGUUCGGAUCGGAACUGUGGAAGGAGAUCUGGUGAAGAGAGCCCUAGCCUCCUUGAUCCGUCCGUCCUCUCAUCAGCAGCGCCGCCGAGCCGACUUCCAGCCGCGACCGAGCCGCCUCUCCGUCAUGACCAGCGCCGGCGAUCCUUGAGGAAUCACUGCAGUUUUUUUAAAAGCAUACAGACCGUCCGAUCUGUUCUCCGGGGAGAUCCAGCGGUAACCACCACCUGUGCAAUUUUGGAAAGCGGAGGAUCGAUGAUUCUCUCCGUUGUACAUAUGAUUUGCAAAAUGAAGGACAUAAUUGGACAUCAUUUAGCAGCAUAUUCAUAAUACACACUAUAAUUGAAAGA